AUGGCAUCCAUAGCGUGCGUUCCCUCGCUUCACCAGCAGCACGAUGCAGUAACGCUAGCUGCAUUACCUCGCCUUCCCACCUCUGCCUUCUGGCUCUCCACCCUGCGCCCCGUGCCGCGCCUCACCGCGUCCCUCCUCCUCUCAGACAUCGAGUCCCGCGUCGCCACCAUCCGUCGCAGACGGCCCCCGGUCACCGAAGCCUCCCUUCACACCGUCGUCUUCUUUCUCGCUCUCGGCCUCACCCCCUCGCGCAUACUCGACCUCUUCUCCCGCGUACCCGCGCUCCUCAAGAGCCGCUGGGACCGCGACCUGCUGCCAAAGUUCCACCUGCUGCUCGCAGCCGGGGUAGACCUGCCGUCCAUCUUCUCAGCGGUGAAUUCCAUUCCCAACUGGUUGCGCUGUGAGACGCGCGGGCUGGCGGGCGUGGUGGGGUUCCUGCAGGCCAUGGGCGUGCGGAGGGAGAAGAUGAGCAGCAUUGUAAGGCGCGCGCCUGCCGUGCUGCAGUAUGACGCAAACAACAACCUCUGGGCGUGGGCUGAGGCGCUGUCUGGGGUGAUCCUGCAGGAGGACAUGGGCGAUGGGGAUGAGGAGGCGGGGGAGGAGAGCGAGGAGGAGUGGAGUGAGGGAGAGGGAGAAGUGGAUGGGGAGGAAGUGGGGAUGGCGAAAGAGGAAUCGGGGGAAGCAGCAGUCGGGGAACCAACUGCUGGCCAUGAAGCUCAGGUAGUGGUCCCAGCUAGUGCAGGUGCAGGAGAGGCCGCAGCACGAGCACCCGAUGCCCACACAGAGCAAACAUCUGCAUCAGCACCCGCCCAAGACGCAGCAGAGACAGAGAGCCAAGCAGCCGCAGGGAUCAAACCCGAGGGCCCAGCAUCAAUAUCCCCGCAGCUGCAAGCGGCCAUGGAGCGGCGUGUGUUUGGGCAGUUCAUAGAGAAGUACCCGCGCAUCAUGUCCAACUCCGCGCCCUUCAUCACCCACCGCGUGCGCCUGCUCUGCUCGCCUGCCUUCGGCCUGCGCCUGCCCAAGCUGCUGCGCAGCGCCAACCUGCUGGGCAUCAAGGAGGAGAAGCUGCGAGCCGCCCUGGCGUUUCUGGAGCGCGAGGUGGCGUGGAGCAGUGCGGAUCUGCGCAUGAUUGUGAACGCACAGCCCACUAUUCUGGGACUGGACCCGGAGAACCUCAAGGAGAAGGUGCUGUGCGUCACCAGACUGCUGGAUGGGCCUGGUUAUGCUGCUGGUGCUCUGGGCGGUGGUGGUGGCGGUGGUGCUGGUGUGGGCAAUGGCGCCUCUGCUGCUGGCGCCGCAUCUAGUGGAGCUAGGAACGGAAGGGAACAGCAAGCCCCAUCACCAGCAUCUUCAGCUGCUCCAACUGUGGCAUCUUCACCAGCCGAAGCAUCAUCAUCAUCAUCAUCAGCAGCAGCAGCAGCAGCAGCAGCAGCAGCACGGUCGCGGCACACGCGAUCAUCCAUCUGUGGCCCAGUAGCAAGAGACGCCUUCCACGUGUACCCGUCCCUGCUGGCCACCAGUGUGAGCACUCUAGAAGACACCUUCGCCCACUUCCAAGCACGAUUUCCCCCUGAUGCCGUGCGCUCCCUCCUCUCCACCUACCCCUACCUGCUCUCGCGCAAGUGGGAACGCAAUCUGGGUCCGAAACUGGACUAUUUGGUGGAGGAAACAGGGCUGGAUGCUAGUGAGGUGCUGCAUUAUCCGCUCUAUUUCACGCACAGCCUCGAACGACGCAUCAAACCUCGAAUUUCAGCGUUCCAAGCAGCGGGGUAUAGGCUGGUGUCGGCUGCAGGAGCGGCGCAUGGGGGAGGGGAGGAGGGGGAUGGGGACGGGGAGGGAGGGGAGGAGAAGGGCUGGGUGAGGAGCAGAGGGCGGCCGUCGAGGGCAAGCAGUGGAGAUUGGAUGCGGCAUGGUGUGUUGCUGACGACCCUGCUCCAUUGCACAGAUGCUGAAUUCGUGAAAAAGUUCGGGGUUCGCCUAGGGGUGCCGAGGGAUUAG